UGCAGGAGAAGCAUCACAACCCUGCUACAACGCCUGUUUCCCUUCUUCUUCUAUGCUUUCCUCUUACACUCAAAAGUUUCCCAAUUCUAGCCAUGAUGACUUUGAGGCAGCCACAUCUUCCACUCUUCCUCCACACACCCAAUUCACCAACCAUGAGGCCCUCCCCUCUUUGGACGACUCAUACAUCAACUUCACCAAAUCAUACCCUUCAUUUGCCAAUACAUCUCAACUUGAUCGAAUCCGUGCCCAAGAAUAUCAUCACUUGAACCCCUUCAACAUUUGUUUUGACUACACUGGUUAUGGCCUUUUCUCCCACGCUCAGGACCAAUCAUCUUCAUAUGCUUCUUCAUCUUCUCGUCCUCCCCCUCCUCCACCACCCUUCUUUCUCAUCUCUUACAAGUCAGUAACCUUGCACUCUCAGAUACUCUAUGGAGGCCAAGAAUCCGAACUAGAAUCCAAAAUCAGAGGAAGAAUCAUGGCGUUUACGAACAUCUCUGAAGAUGACUACACUCUUGUUUUCAUUGCCAACGAUGUAUCUGCCUUUAAACUUGUAGCAGAUUCUUUUCAGUUUCAGCCUCAUGGAGAGCUUCUCACAGUGUAUGACCACAAGAGUGAGGCAGUGGAUACGAUGAUUGAGACCUGCAAGGAGCAAGGAGUCCAUGUCAUGUCAGCUAAGUUCACCUGGCCAAGUCUCAGUAUCAUGGGAAGAAAACUGAAGAAGAUGGUAAUGUGUAAAAGGGGGAAGAGAAAGAAAGGGCUAUUUGUUUUUCCUCUUCAUUCAGGUGUUACUGGGACACCCUAUUCGUAUAUUUGGAUGUCCUUGGCACAAAAAUUUGGUUGGCAUGUCUUGCUUGAUGCACGUGCAUUGGGUCCUAAGGAGAUGGACACCUUGGGUUUGACUAUGUUUAAGCCUGAUUUUAUAGUGUGUUCAUUAUACAAAGUUUUCGGUCAAAACCCAUCCGGUUUUGGGUGCUUGUUCAUCAAGAAAUCUAGUAUCUCUGCUCUAAGAGAAUCAGGCAAUGCUACAAGCAUGGGAAUUGUAGGCCUCUCUCCAGCAUUUAGAUCAGUGUCACCACAUGGAACUGAACAAGUGUUGUCAUCAUCAGAAAUUGUGGAGUUAAGCACAUGCACAUCCCUUGAGUCGGGUCAAUCUAGAGAAAGAUUAGGCGCAGGCUUAGAAAUUGAGUGUAGAGGAUUGGACCAUGCUGACUCGGUGGGGCUAGUAGUAAUUAGUUGUAGGGGUAAGUAUCUUAUCAAUUGGCUUGUUAAUGCAUUAAUAAGACUUGAACAUCCACAUCCUCCAACUGGGCAUGCUCUAAUUAGGAUAUAUGGACCAAAGAUAAGUGCACAGCGUGGACAUGUUGUGGCAUUUAAUGUGUUUGAUUGGAAAGGAGAAAAGGUGGAUCCUGCAAUUGUACAGAAACUAGCAGGUCGUAACAAUAUCUCUUUAAGUAACGCAUUUUUGCAAAACAUAUGGUUCUCGGAGAGGAGUGAUGAAGAGGGACAAAGGGCUUUGGAAAACAGAGAUAAAGUAUCUAACAAGACACGAAAGAGUGGUUUUGGGAUAACUGUUGUGACAGCUGCACUUGGUUUGUUCACAAACUUUGAAGAUGUAUACAGGCUGUGGGCUUUUCUUUCCAGGUUCUUGGAUGCUGACUUUGUGGACAAAGAGACAUGGAGAUACAUGGCUAUAAAUCAAAAAACCAUUCAUAUAUGAAUUAUUCUUUUUUUGCCUUCCAUCUAGUUGUCUACUAUAUAUCAACUGCAUCCCUUAAGCCUCAUCUACUAAUAACAUCAUCUCAAAUUGUUUUGUUUUUUGGGGG